CAUCUACACAACUAUAAGACCAAUUGCUCGUGUUAAAACUAUUACACUUUCUCUUGUAAUUUUAUAGUAAUUUGGUUGCCAUCAUGUAAAAUACAAAGAUUGCUGCAAGUUCAGGAGUCUCUCUGCACCCACGACUUAACCCAAAAAUGAGAAGGUAUGUGCACUUCACUUCUCUCUUGUCACUCCUCUUCUUCUUGUUCCAUUUGGUAGCCUCUGAAAUUCCUUCAAUCCAGAGAAACACCAUGAUCAACCUCUAUAAUCUCCUCCAAAACAACACGGGUGAAUCUCCUUUUCCUUGGAAUUCAACUAGAGACCCGUGCUCAUGGAAGGGAGUUACAUGCAAUUCCGAGAACUCCUCCAUAACCCAAUUUUCUCUCCAACUCUUCUCUCUCUCUAACCCUGAUUUCCUCCCUAUUCUUUGCCAGAUCGAUACACUAGAGUCUAUCGACCUCUCCAACAAUCGGUUGAACUCAAUUCCAAGUGGGUUCAUGACUGGUUGCGGGAAUCUUAGCGGGUUAAGAGGAAUGAAUUUCAGUAGUAACAGUUUGUCUGGUUCUUUACCUAAUUUUGAUGGGUUUUUGAAAUUGGAAUUAUUGGACUUGUCUCGUAAUUCUUUGAGUGGAACAAUUAGUUUACAGAUGGAUGGGUUGGUUAGUCUGAAAAUUUUGAGGCUUGGAUACAACCAAUUUACUGGUUCUGUUCCUACCCACUUGGGGAAAUCCAUGGUUUUGGAACGACUUGGGCUUUAUUAUAAUCACUUUGUGGGUAAAAUCCCCAAAGAUAUUGCGAAUUAUUCGAAUUUGAUUGAGAUUGAUCUUAGUUAUAAUAAUCUUUCUGGGUCUAUCCCUGAUAGAUUCAGAGAGCUUCCCAAUCUGCAAGUUUUAAUUCUAUCUUCAAAUAGUUUGAGCGGUGGAAUCCCACAAUUCCUUUCAAGUAUCCAAACACUGUCACGGUUCGCUGCCAACCAGAAUUCCUUUUCUAGUGUAAUUCCAACUGGGAUUACAACUUUUCUCAGGAAUCUAGACCUUAGUUAUAAUCAGCUAAAUGGGUCAAUUCCUAGUGACCUUUUGUACCAACCAAAUUUGCAGAAAGUGGAUUUGUCUUAUAAUUUACUAGUAGGGUCAGUACCCGAAAACAUAUCAUCAAGUUUGGUGAGACUCAGAUUGGGAAACAAUCGCUUGAAUGGGACAAUCCCAUCAUCAUCCUUUGGGAGCCUUCAAAACUUGACCUAUUUGGAAUUGGACAACAAUAGUUUGGGAGGUCCAAUACCCCCUGAAUUGUGUUUCUGUAAGAGUUUGGCACUGCUGAAUCUUGCUAAGAAUCAGCUCACUGGUCUUUUGCCAGUUGAAUUGGGUAAUCUCACCAAACUUGAGGAACUGAAACUUGAAGCCAACAAUUUGGUUGGGGAAAUCCCAAGUGAAAUUACCCAAUUGCAAUUGUUGAGGAAGUUGAAUAUCAGCUGGAAUUCGCUCAACGGUUCGAUUCCUUCUUCGGUUUCAAAGCUCCAGAACCUUAAUCACUUGGAUUUAAGAAAAAACAAUCUCAGUGGUUCGAUACCCGAAUCCGUUGGUAAUUUGAAUUCUCUCAUAGAACUCCAAUUGGGGAGUAACGAAUUGGGCGGUAGAAUUCCUUCAAUGCCACUGAGUUUGCAGAUAGCUCUAAAUUUAAGCAGCAACCUACUUGAAGGCGUAAUACCAGAAACCCUCUCGGGAUUGAAACGAUUGGAAGUGCUGGAUCUAUCCAACAACAGACUUACAGGGAUCAUUCCACAAUUUCUCGUUGGUAUGUGUCCUACUACAGGAAGCUUGACCACGCUGGUGCUUUCCAAUAACCUGCUCUCUGGGUCGAUUCCUAGUUUCCCUCCAGUUGUUUCGGUGGACACGGAUCUUCAUUAUGUUGCGGUUGAUAACGUAACCAAAAAAACGGAUCUUGUGGACCCCACAAAACCGAGCCCGACUCAAAAGACGAAAAAGACUCUCUCCGCCCUUCUUGUUGCAGUCAUUGCUGCUGGUAGCACUUUGGUUAUUUCCAUAGAAGCCUUCGUUGUUCUGUGGAUUUACAAGAAGGCUGCGCAGAACCAAUCCCCAAAUGACGUUCACAAAUCCAACAUCCGUGAGCUUUUUUCGUGCUUUUGUGGAAGCAAAACCCAAAAAAUCCUAGGUGAGGUAAGGGCAACGAACCAUGGGGAUAUUUUCCGCAUAUGGAAUUACGAUGGAGGAAUUGCAUAUGAAGACAUGAUCAAAUCAACAAAUGACUUCGACAUUAGAUAUUGUAUUGGAACAGGUGGAUAUGGCAGCGUCUACAGAGCCCAAUUGCCAAGCGGAAAAGUAGCUGCCUUGAAGAAACUUCAUCGGUUUGAAGGAGAGGACCCUAUUUUCGACCAGUGUUUCAGAAAUGAGGUCCAAAUAUUGACUAAUGUACGGCACAAAAGCAUCGUGAAGCUUUACGGAUUUUGUUUGCACAACAAAUGCAUGUUCUUGGUGUACGAGUACAUGGAAAAAGGAAGCUUAUUUUGCGCCCUGAGAUUCGAUGUUGAAGCUUUUGAAAUUGGAUGGAUUCGAAGGGUAAAAAUCGUUGAAGCAAUGGCACAUGCUUUAUCCUACUUGCAUCACGAUUGCACCCCGCCUAUUGUUCAUCGAGAUAUAUCGAGCAACAACAUUCUCAUGAACUCUCAACUGGAGGCUUUUGUCGCUGACUUUGGAACUGCCAGAUUGUUGAAUCCCAAUUCAUCCAACCAAAUCAUUUUUGCAGGCACUUAUGGAUAUAUUGCACCAGAACUUGCUUAUACCAUGGCUGUGACUGAAAAGUGUGAUGUCUAUAGCUUUGGAGUAGUGGCACUAGAAACAAUUAUGGGAAGGCAUCCACAAGACGUCCUCGCAACUUUAGCAUCGCCUCCUAGCCAAAACAUGAUGAUAACCGAUAUCUUAGAUCAGCGCCUUCCGCUUCCAACAAACCCCAUAAUCGGAGGGAACAUUGUUCUAGUUGCUACAAUGGCAUUCUCAUGUUUACAUCAAAGGCCCAAGUUUCGACCAACAAUGCGACGCUUGUCUCUAGAGUUUCUUUCUCGCCGGAAGGCCCUAGCUUCACCCAUUCAUACAGUUUCACUGUUGCAGCUGUGGAAUCAAAGAAUGGACUUUGUUCAACUACCGAAUGAACCGGUCAAUCCCCAAGUUUGAAAAGAGUGUCACGUCAUUUUCGGGCGUCGGUUAUUAUUACCGUUGUGUUUGUUUCUUAAAGGACUUGGACUAAUUUGGUCUAGUGCCCCUUCCUGUCCCACGGUCUAAGCCC